GCCAGUUAUCACUUGGGAGCGGUAUCGUUCGUUCAAAAAAUAAAACAGUGUGACGAAAAGACGAAGCCGACGAUUAGAUUUCAAUAAGACAAGCAACGCGCUCUUAAAUAUGGUCGGAAUACUUACCGUAUUUGUGUUUAUUUUGCUUAUCCACAAUAACUUUGCGAAAACCAUUCUUGUCGAAGAGCUUACAAAAUGGACAUUGAGAAAUAAAACCUCCUCCCUAAGGAUUGACGUGCCACGCCUUCCAAGUGGAGUGUACACAGCGCUUAAGGAUACCUAUGGAGACAUCUUAGACCCAGGAAACGACGUAUCCUUGCGAUGGAUAGCCAACCAAUCGUGGAUUUACAGCACCAGCUUUAACAGCGCUGAAUUGGGACUCGACAGCCACAUAAAUCUUACGCUCCACGGAAUCGAUACAGUUUCCAAGGUGCACCUGAAUGGAGCGCUUCUUGGUCAGACGGACAACAUGUUCGUUCGCUAUUCUUUUGCCAUAGGUCACUUGCUUUUGCCCAGCCCUUCCCAAAACAUCUUGGAGAUUGAGAUCCUUUCACCCCUGCAGGAGGCAAGUAGGCGUGCUCGAGAACUUGAAGACUUAGGCGUCGUUACCGGGCCGAUUAGCUGCCCAAGGGCUCGCGGCGAUGUCGAGUGCCAUCGGAAUCACUUACGCAAGAUGCAAAUGAGUUUCGGUGGCGAAUGGAACCCAGCCGCACUUUCCCUAGGCAUAUGGAAGCCAGUGGUAGUCGAGUACUAUGUAGUAGCCGUAUUUCGCGAUGUUGAUGUUGCCAUUAAACGGAACGAUUCUCACUGGACGAUGGAUUGCCGCGCCUUCCUUAGUACACAUGCUUCAGAGAAUUUUUAUGCCCAACUGGUGGUUAAUGCCAACGAGCUUUUAGAUGACCGAUAUGUUCUUAAUCAGCAAUUGGUCUCUAUUGAUUCGCCAGUGAUAGAAUUUAAAAUACACAUACCCAAAGAUCGGGUUAUCUUGUGGUGGCCCAAUGGCUACGGCAAGCAAAAACUUUAUCCAGUCCUUUUUUCCGUGAAAUGCUAUACCAGCGAAGAUCGUCACACACUAAGCUCACGCACAGAGUCCCAAAAGCUAUUAAAGAUUGGGUUCCGCACCAUAGAGUUGGUUGAAGAUACAGACCACAUUGGCAGAACCUUUUUUUUCCGGGUCAAUGGCCACCCCAUAUUCAUGAAAGGAGCGAAUUAUGUACCAGCCCACACACUUCCUGAGUUAUCGGCUGAUGCCGACGCGGUCGCACAUCUGCUUAAGGCCGCAAACGAGGCCAAUAUGAACAUGAUACGCGUUUGGGGAGGCGGCCUUUAUGAGUCGGAUACCUUCUACAACUUAGCGGACUUUUACGGACUAUUGGUGUGGCAGGACAUGACGUUUUCCCAAGCAGCAUACCCGCUAGCAAACGACUUUGUAGCUUCUGUGUGCGUGGAGACAGUACAGAAUGCACAGCGACUUUCUUAUCAUCCAAGUUUAGCCCUAAUAGUCACCAACAAUGAGAUUGAGCUAUUCCUGUCGACCAACAAAUCUGAUUUUGGGGAAAACGCCACUAGAAUGGAGAGCGAUUACAAGACCUUGUUUAUUGAAACAAUAAUUAAAGAGUUAAAAGUUAUCUCUCGAAAAGAUUUUAGCCCUCGACCUGAGCCCAUGGUCUCGACGCCUUCACUAGGGGUUCCGGAGUCUGGCAAAAACCUCUCCAACAACCCGCAAAGCUUAAACUAUGGUGAUGUGCACUUUUGGGACGACAAAGAUGGAUUCAGCCCUGAAACGUAUCCUCACGCUCGCUUUGUUUCGGAAUUCGGAUACUCUAGCCUUCCAAUGAAAUCAACGUGGCAAAGGGCACUAGCUGAUUCUGCAGAUGAUAGCGACCUUGAAAUUGCAAGACUUAUUCGAAGCCGUCAGCACGACCCUAAGGGAUUCAUACCGAUACUCCAAUUAAUAGCCCAUCAGCUUCCGUUUGUUCCCCAAAAUUGGGACGAAGAUAUCGAGAAGUUUAUAUAUUUUAGCCAAGUGGCACAGGCCAUGGCAACUAAAACCGCUUUGGAAGUAUUUCGUAGUCUACGCACAGGAAACCAUACAAUGGGAGCCCUUAUGUGGCAGUUAAACGAUGUUUGGGUGGCUCCAACUUGGUCCUGCAUCGACUUCUACGGAAACCCUAAGCUAUUAUACUACUGGACCAAGGAACUUCUUGCCCCAACUAGUGUUAUAGCCCUGUACGACAAUAACUCGAACAACCUCAAUAUCACGCUUACAAGGGAGGACUUCUCCGAGCAUAGAGACUCGCAGUUAUACUAUGUACUGGUGAACACCUAUCUAUGGACGGACUUGAUUCCUAAGAAGACUAUAGCUCGCGCCUUUGGACUGGGCUCUAAUAACCUUGAGAUGCGGCAAAUACCUUUGGAGUACUUGCUGUACGAAAACCAUUUGAAGGAAGAACUGUUUUUGGAAAUCAUUCUGGAGGACGAAUACGGCAACUCCGUGGCUAGAAACUUUUUUUACCCCGUACCCCUUAACAAAAUUAUUGGCAUUAAGGAUCCAGAACUAACACUAGAGGUUGAAGGUCAGGACUGCAAAGCGGCAACAUCCCCUUAUGCAAAUAGUUUUAGUUUGCGCAUCACUGUGAGAUAUCCGGCUCUACUUGUAUACCUUGAGCUAGUGCAUCCUUAUUAUGUCAAGGAGCGGCACAGGUUCUCGACAAAUGGCUUUACUCAAACCCAGCCAAAAAAGACGAUACACCUAGUGUUCGAAAGCGACACGGUCUGCAUGACUUUAACUACCGACCACAUUAAAGUUCAAACGAUUAAUCAGUAUUUAAUAUAAACUAUGUUCUACUAAGUCGAAAAUGCUGCAUAAUAAUUAAAAUAUACCCAAAGCAGAA